AUGGUAUUUGUUAAAAUUAACAAUAAAUGGAAAGAAAUUGAUAUUUAUUUGAAAUGUUGUGACAAUAAAUGUAUAAAUACGAACAAACCUAUUGGCACUUGUAUUGAAGGAAAUGGAUUUGGGAAUUUAAUUGAUGAUGAAAAUAUUGAAUAUUUGGUGGGGAAUGGAGGUUAUGAUAGAGAUGUUGUUGUUUAUGCGGAAAAUCCAUUUAAAAAACCACAAAAUUCAUUCAAUUAUUCUUUACAUUAUUUUGAAAUUAAAUGUAUAUUCGAAAAAGAAUUAAAUGGUAGCAAAUCAAAUAUGCAAAUUGGGCUUAGAAAUUGUAGUACAAACAAUCAUAUUUUCUAUUAUGCAAAAUAUGGUUAUAUAGGAGCAUUUCAACUUUCAUUUUUUACUUGGAUGGAUAAUGAUAUUUUUGGUUGUGGAUUAGUUUAUCCACCAACUAAUAAAAUGAAUGAAUUUCCUUAUGCUUUCUUUACAAAAAAUGGAAAACAAAUAGGUAAAGGUAUAUUAUUAAAGGAAAAUUCAGAUUCGUAUAAACCUGAAGUUUGGCUUAAAUGUUGUUCUGUAGAAACAAGUUUUGGAAAUAACUUGGAGACCAAACCUUUUAAAUACAAUAUUACAGAACAUGUAAUUAUUAAGGAAUUUUAUUGA